ACUCCGACCGUCUGGCUCCGCGGCGUCAACUUUGCCGACCGCGGCGUGGCCGGGGCGAGGGUGGAGGUCAGCUGCGGAAAGCUCCUCGACGGGGGAGGAGUCGGGGAGUGCCAGCCGGGGUCGGAGCACAAUCCAAUGCCGUCGGUACGAGGGAGUCUCGAGGUAUACGAAAAGACUUCCAGGCCGACCUUCCGUGUUCCGACUCCGCGGGCGCCGCAGCACCGCGGAUUGCAACCCGGAGCUGUACGUCCCCUUGAUUCGAGACUGGAUGUCCUACUGCUGCGCGCACCACCAACUCUGCGGGGGCAAUACCCCCCUUGAUAUGCCCACAAGGGUCAUGGAUGUGGGCGGCAACCAUGGCGCCCCGGCUACUACGCCUGUGCGACUGGUGACCACGGCAGGGCUGCGCGAGCGCUACAUAGCAUUGUCGUACUGCUGGGGCGCAGACACCUCCGGUCUUCUCACGCUGAACGCCAGCACCCACGCGGCCCUGGCCCAGGGCGUGCCGGAAACGCGGCUGGCCAAGACGCACAGGGAGGUCGUGUCUCUGGCUCGGGCGCUCGGCAUCCGCUACGUAUGGGUGGACGCGCUGUGCAUCAUCCAGGGCGACCCCAAGGACUGGGAACGGGAAUCCAAGGCCAUGGCUGAGGUGUACGGCAACGCGGCCCUGACCGUCAUCGCGGGGCGGUCCGCGGCGACAAAGGACGGUUUCAUCGCCAACGACUCUUUCACCGCGCAGCGCCGACCGAGCCCUUGCGUGCUGCCGGUGGAGGAUGGCUUGAUCGAUGCCGGCGUACUGGUUGUCGGGGCCUGCCGCUCCCUUUCCUACGGGCCCGUGGCCGGGCGGGGAUGGUGUUUCCAGGAGAAGAUGCUUUCCCGGCGGGCUGUGGUAUUUGCCGAGCAGCAGCUCGGCUUUUACUGUGCGGUGCAGGGAGUGUGGGAGAACGGCGUAGCCAAGCCAAACCUCUGGCGUCCAAGGUUCCUCCAGCGGCCGGGGUUGUCGUCGACGGCUACCACCACCAGCAGAAGCGCGAAGCGGCCUGCCUACCUUGGUGCCCAGGACGAGGUGCUCAGGGAUUGGUAUGGAAUCCUGACCCAAUUCUCCGUGUGCCAACUGUCCAACCCGCACGACGUGUUCGCGGCCAUCAUCGCCGUCGCGCAGCAGGCAUCCCGCCUUCUCAACUCGCGAUAUCUCGCCGGGAUAUGGGAAUGCGAUCUCGUGCGCGGCUUGCUCUGGAGACCGGCCCAUCAUUUCAGAACCGAAGUUGCCAUGAGAGCACCGACAACACGCCCCAAGCCGUCCAAGUUUACUACGGGAACGGGCCCCGUCAUCCGCUCACCUUCGUGGUCGUGGGCCGCGGUAGAAGGGCCUGUAGCGUUACCUUUGGGGUCGAUCGGGUUUACCCCGGGCCUGGUUGCAAGGCAGCGCGACCCGGCGUAUCCAAAGGUCCGCCCAAAGCAUUCAAAUCCCGCAAGGUGGUCUGUCGAUGAUAGGUGUGGUAUUGACGCCCUGCAUAUGCCGGCGUGUGAGCUACAGCUGGUAGGUCAUGUAGCCAAGGUCCGGGUACUUACAGAGCCGGUAAUCGGCUAUCUUGACUCGAGAAUGGGCGACAAGAAUAUCAAGCGGCCGGGGGCGGUGGCAAACGGGGUACUGCUUGCUGAGCCGAUCCCGUGUGAUGUUACGCUAGGGGGUGAACCCUGGGAUCAGGUUGUCGGCCUGGCAUUCUUCGAUGUUAAGGAGGAGAGAAAUGGGGUUGACUACGCCUGGUGUCUCCCAGUUGUGCCGGACUUUGGACUUGUGUUAGAGAGGAAACUAGAUGGCAAGUUUAGCCGUCUAGGCUUUGUUUACAUUCAGAAGUUAGACUGGUUUCUUGAGCGAGCGGAAGGGGAGAUCUGUUUAUGUUAGACUAUCUAUAAGCUAGUAGGAAGUGCUGGUUUUUUGGACCAUCAAGUGGUAGAAGCCUUGUAGGAGCUGUCUAUACUCCUUAUUGUCUUCGCUGAGAGGCAGGGGACUGGUCCGAGACCGUACGGCUACUCGCCGAUCAAAUACACCGUGCCCUCACCCGCUUGCCCAUCUCCAAC